AUGAAUGAAACUUUAAAGAAAGAUAUCAAAAAGCAAGAUCAAUCAGAAACUCAUUUCCUAUUUAUCCCACGAAAUCUAACAGUCAAAUUUGAUAUGAAUGCCCUAUUAUUGCUAGAUUUUGAAAUACCAGAACAAUUUGAAGAAAUUAAAAGUCGUUUGGAGCAAUUGAAUGUAUUAAUAAACUAUUCGCAAUCAAAUAACCUUGACGAUAUUACAGAAUUACCUCGCGAAUUCUUUGUUUUACUUCAAAUUUUAAUAGAUUAUCCCGAAACAAUUAAGUUUUUCAAUCCAAAAUCCACUUUUAGUUUUGCAAUACAGAUAAUUAACACACUUGUUACUUCAUUUUUGAAAAAGCAUGCAUAUUUACUCGAAAAUUUUGCUGAAUUCGAUAUUAUCACGAAACUAGUGACCAAAGUGCCGAAGAUUAGCGUCACUGACUUACUUACUGCUAUUUUUGCCAUCAAUCCGCAAUAUUUAAUAAAAAUCAGCCCAGAAUGUGGUCCUUAUCUUCUAGAAGCACAGCAGCAAUGUUUAUACAAUGAUGAAUGGGCUUCUUCAAUUAUCAAUGUAUAUUCGUUCUUCUUUAGAGUUGAAGCGAUUCCAGCAGAAGAUUUACCGAAUAUUUUGACAUUUGUAUUCAACAAAGCCAUCAAAGGACUUUCUUGCGCAUUCAAGCUAUUAAGUUAUCUUCAAAACGAAGAAUAUGUCCAAUAUUUAGUUCAAAAUGGAAUAGUUUUUAAAUUAAUUAGAAUGUUUACGCUUUUCGAUCCAAGGAUGGAUUCUGGUGUUCAAUCAUAUAUUUUUGAUGUUCUUUUUAAUGUUUGUGCCUCUCCUUUUUUCGGAUAUCUUUUAGAGGAACAAAUAAUUGAUGAUGAGAAAAAUAACACGAUUAUUUACUAUCUUUGUUCAUGGAAUAGAUCAUACCAUAAAAGAAUCAACGGAUUAGAAAUUUUUGACAAAAGUUGCAAAAUUUUAUGUCAACUUUUAGAAACAGAAGGAUUCGACUGGGAUAUACUACUUAGAUCAGAAUUAGCACAAUAUCUACCGGUUUUUAUGAGCGAAGUAACAACUCCCGAGUUCAUAACAAAUACUUUCCAUUUAAUUUAUAUUCUGUUCAAUAAUGAUGCUUCCACACAAUAUUCACAGCAGUUUGAUAUAUCAAAUUUGUUUGAAACAAUAUAUUCAUCAACAAAUUUAGAAAUUAUUAAAAAUCUGCUUAGAUUUGUUAUUGCUGUUAAUGACAGGCAUGCAAAUAACACUGUAACUGAUGAAUUUUGGGAAUUAAUGCAGAACUUAACUCAUGAUGAGCUAUUUUUAUCUUCUCUUGAUGAAUUCAUUGAUAACUCUGAUGAUGAGUUGAAGGGAUUGACUUAUCAAGUUAAUAAUAUCAUUAAUGAUGAAGAAUAA